AUGGAUGCUCUCCGUGUUGCAAAAGUCGAGGGAGUUCUCUGCACGAAAGGCGGAAGCACCUCCUCGGGGACAUUGCACCUCACCGCCCACCAUGCCAUCUUCCACCACGAAGACGAGGGAAAGGAAGAGAUGUGGGUUCCAUACCCGCUCAUCUCACUUGUCUCCCGCAUGCCCAUGACCAUGCACGGCCGAUGCCCACUGACGAUCCACACGAGAACAUUCGAAACGACCUUUUUUCUGUUCUCUUCGGAAAAGGAGGCGAUAGAUGUAUUUGAGAGUGUGAAGGAGCUCACCGUAGCGACGUCGGUCACUCAACUAUAUGCGUUCUUCUAUGUCCCAAAUCCACCGCUUCCCACAAGUACUGGAUGGACGUUGUACACUCCACGGGAAGAGUUUGGGCGUAUGGGCGUGGGCACCCGAACCAAGGCAUGGAGAUUCACAGAUAUCAACAAAGACUACUCUUUCUCUCCGACAUACCCCGCUCGACUAGUCGUGCCGACACGCAUCAGUGAUACCACUCUCCAAUAUGCGGUCAAGUACCGAAGCAAGGGCCGCCUCCCAGUACUCACCUACCUCCAUUGGGCAAACUACGGCACAAUCACCCGCUCCAGCCAGCCCAUGGUUGGGCUUACGAGCAACCGUUCGAUCCAGGACGAGAAGCUCAUCGAGGCCAUCUUCCAGACCCACCACAACCCGGAAUCACGCGUAAGCGCGAUCCCGGUGUACGGCGCGACGGCGACGAACAUCAUCGUCGACGCGCGGCCGACGGCAAACGCGAUGGCAAACACGGCCAAGGGCGCGGGCACGGAGAAUAUGGACCACUACAAGGAGGCGAAGAAGGCCUACCUCGGCAUCGAUAACAUCCACGGCAUGCGUGAGUCCCUGGCCAAAGUCGUCGAAGCCCUCCGCGCAACGGAAAUCAUCCAGGCCGCGGGCAUCACGGACGCGGUCGAUGCGGAGGCCGAGGGCACGACAGAGGAGCUCCCAGUGGAAGAAGAGCGGUCGGCGGCACCGGUCCUCGACCGUCAGGCGCUGCGCCGCUCGGGUUGGAUGAAGCACAUCAUUGCGAUCCUGGAGGGGGCGCUGGUGGUGGUGCGGAACGUGCACGUGAAUUCGUCGCAUGUCCUCGUCCACUGCUCCGACGGCUGGGACCGCACCGCACAGCUCACUUCGAUCUCGCAACUCUGCCUGGACCCGUACUACCGCUCCAUGAAAGGCUUCGCGGUACUCGUCGAGAAGGACUGGCUCUCGUUCGGACACAAGUUCCUCGACCGCUGCGGCCACCUGUCCUCCGAGAAGUUCUUCCUUGCCCCAGUCGAGAACGCCGGCAGUGGCGGCGGUGCGGAGGCCGCCCAGGCGUUCCUCGCGUCCGUCCAGAAUCGGUUCGCAUCGCAGCAUCACAUCAGGGAGACCAGCCCAGUCUUCCACCAGUUCCUGGAGAGCGUCCGGCAGAUCCAGCGUCAGUAUCCUGAACGGUUCGAGUUCAACGAACGCUACCUUCGCCAGCUGCACCACCACCUCUACGCUUGUCAGUUCGGCACCUUCAUGUUCGACACCGAGCGCGAACGCCGCGUACCCGAGCCCGGUCAACAACAACCGUACAUGGCACGCACGAUCAGCGUUUGGGACCUUUUCAAUUCGCCCGCGGAGAUGGAGCUCAACAAGAACCCUCUCUACGACCCGAGUCUGGACGACCCUGCGAGCCGGGCACCGAAGGCCGACCAAGGCGUGCUGAUGCCGAACCCGAAGGACGUCCGCUUCUGGCACGAGCUCUACGGGCGCACGGACGAGGAGAUGAACGGCAAGUUCGUCGUGCGCCCGGUCGAGGAGCCCGAGCUCGCUGGGCCAGUCGAGGGGGCGGACGAAACCCCCGCGCUCGCUGCAAACGGCAUCGCAUCCGCUACCGUUGCGCAGAUCAGCAUCCAAACCCCACAAGCAAUCGCACGCUUCCUGCAGGGCUCCGGCGCGAGCACCCCCUCGCCCGCCGCGACCCCGCUCCCGGACUCGCCCUCGUCCUCGACGCUCGGGCCCGACACGCAGCCCUCCCCGAGCCCGAGCCCGAGCCCGUCCGCCCCCCCGCGCACGCCCUCCCCGAGCGUCCGCACCGUGCGCGGCAGCUCCGCCGCGCCGCGCCGCGCGAGCACCUCCCCGCCCGCGUUCGCCGCCCCGGGCAGCGAGCUCUUCUCCUCCGGCGGCGUGCGCUCGCUCUGGGGCCGCGUCUCGUCCGGGGCGACGACCGCGCUCUCCGCCGUGCAGGACGCGUACGGCGGGCUCGCCAAGGACCUCCGCGGGCUCUCCCUCGGCGACGACGACGGCCCCUCGUCGUCCGGCCGCGGCGGCGAGCUCAAGUCCCGCAGCGAGCUCGCCAACCCGUGGGGCGCGGACGACGCGCGCUCGUCGUACACGCCGUCGCUCGGGCCCGCUCGUGCGCCGACGUACGCCGGCGGCAGCGGGGGAGGCGGGACGGUGUCGAGCAACCCGUGGGCGGCGCCCGCGACGCGUCCGCCGAUCCCGUCGAUGUACAUGGAGAACCCGUGGGGCUCGGUGCGCGCGUCCAUACCCGGACCCGGGCCUGCAGCUGCGUCCGCCGCGUCCGCCUUUGCGCCCGGGCCUGCCACCGCCGCGUCGAGAGAGCCGGGCAGCUGGCUCGUCGCGGACCCGCACGUUCAGCUCCCAGGCUCUGUCGCUGCUAGCUCGCGGAUAUCGCAGGCGAGGCCGGCGAGUCGGACGAGCACGCCGCCGCCCGUGCCGCCGAAGGGUCCUGGGCAGCGUGGAUCAGAGACGGAGGGGGAGGCGGCGGCGGCGGCGGCGGCGUCAGACCCGUUGGGAGUGGCAGCUUGGUAG